AACUCUAUCACCCGAGAUCUGCCUCGUACCUCACCCCACUCACCGAAAAAAACGCGUUCGCGUCCAUCUCGUCUUCAGUCCGUUCUCCUCGCCAUCAAGCAGCGAUGCUGGCCCUCCUUCUCCUCCCCGUCGUGGCAGGGGACAUCUCCCCGCUGUUUGGAGGCCUCUUCGGGCCGUCUCCCCCCCUCAUUCCUUUCAACACGACCCUCGCCGCCGCUGAUGGAAACCUCUACCGCAAUAACGACGAGUGGUCGUGCCGCGUUCUCGACACAAAGCCAUUGUCGGCAGGCGGAGGCUGGAAAGGCCCCACCUGCUCGGCCGUUGGCCCUUCCGGGUUCUCGACGCUCAUAUGGUCAGGGGGCAACGCCUCGCUCUUUGGAUACUCGGCAGGUGUUCUGUCUUUCAUUAACAGCACAGACGAAUUGCAGGAGACCUACGCCUCCGUGCCUGCGUCGCCGGAUACGAACACUGUGUUCGAGCUCGGCAUACUGCCCGUGCCCGGCAACGGGUUCUGGCAGGUGCAGGUCCGCGGCCCAAUCGAAUUCGGUCUUACGGGUGUGCACAUUCGCACGGCACUCAAUUCUGACGCGCCGGACUUUAAGUCUGUCGGGCGUCGGACGGAGCCUGCAAUAGUCAAUGGCACUUUGUCGCCCUUCUAUUCCACCACUCGCGAGUGGGCCGUCUAUACCAACUAUACCAACUUCCCCACGCUGAAGAGCCCUGGCGCCAUUGUUCGCCAGCCUAUGGUUGGCCGGGAUGGCACCGUAGAGCGUGAGGUCACCACUCCCGACACGUUCAGCAACCUCACCUUUGGCAUUCCCACCAACACCUCCUACCUCGCCCUCGCCGGGCUGAGCGACGGGCAGAUGAGCGCCGCGACCCUCUUCCUCUCAUUCGGUAACACUGUGCGAGAGCUGCCCCUCCGCUACGGAAGCGUGUACCGGGCACCACUAUCGAUGAUCCAGUUGGCCCUCAAUCCAAACUUGCAAUACGCGGCAGUGCUAGCGCCCGAAAACAACACCCGUCCUGUGGCGUUUCACUCAGCUACGUUCUACUCCUCCCUCUGGCCUGUUCCUGACGGUUAUUCAAGUGGCGGUAACACGGCAAUCUCCUACCUCGACUACAUCGCCGGCGACCCAGUGCCAAGCCCUAUCGACCCAAGUUUCGUUGCGAGUCCCCAACCAGGUCCUGCGGGCAACGGAGUAAGCGGGGGGGUCAAUGAAACGACGUCUGACACGGCCGGGGUGCCAGAGGUCAGCGAAAGGAAGAAAAGUCACACGAGCGCCAUUAUCGGCGGAGCAGUUGGCGGCGGUGUCGGGGCCCUCAUAGUUGCACUCAUCGCGUUCCUUCUCUUCCGCCGCAAGCGCAAGCAGCGGUCGCGGGAAAACCGUCGAAGCUUCAUCAUAGAGGAGACGGAUCCUGGCCUUACGCCUUUCAAGGAGUCCUCGGGCCCCAUUGCCAAGUCGCCUGUCUUGCCAACGCAGCCCAAGUCAAACAUUGUGAAAGCGCCCUUAUCGGCAGAGCCCAUGAGCGCCGGGCCGUCCGCCCCUCAAUCCUUGUCGCACGGGCGUGCGAUGGACGGCGACGACGAUGUCCAGCGCCUGCCACCUAUGUACAACCCCGCCUGGAACGUGGCGCACACCUCCGGUGAAACCUCCACAGACAGCCCGCCGGCCACCGCAACCCCAACUACCCCUCUCGAGCACAAGGAUGUGAUCACGAGCGGGCGGUUCAAGGAGUUGUGAUGCAGGACCCUGUAGGACAUCUUCCCCAGCCUUGACAGCCGCGCUUCAGGCUCAGUAUCAGCUUUAAACAUAGUCCUCUAUCCGUGACCGCCUUUCACGUGGAACCGCCGCACUGGCAUGAGUUAGUUAGAUGCAUCUAUGCCUUUGCGAAGA